AUGAGCACACAUAGCUCACAUAAACAAACCCAAAAAGGGGAGAAACCAUUUAAAGGUGUGGAGUGUGGAAAGACUUUCACUGAUAGAACACAUCAGCCUUCUCACAUGGGAAAGAACAGAUUCAAAUGCAAGGAGUGCGGGAAGAACUUCAGUCAGAGUGGACACCUCAAUAUACAUCAACGGACUCACACAGGGGAGAAACCUUUUAAAUGUAUGGAAUGCGGAAAGAGCAUUAGUCGGAAUACAAACCUUAAAUUACACCAGCGUACUCACACGGGUGAAAAACCAUAUGAAUGUAUGGAAUGUGAAAAGCGCUUCAGUCACAGUGGACAACUAAAUAUACAUCUACAGACUUCAGAAAGAGCUUCAGUCAGAAUGGUGACCUUAAAUCACACCAUCGGACUCACACAGGGGAGAAACCAUUUAAAUGUAUGGAGUGUGGAAAGAGAUUUAGUGAUAAUGGAACCCUUAGAACACAUCAAUGGACUGACACAGGGGAGAAACCAUAUGAAUGUAUGGAGUGUGGAAAGACCUUCAGUUUCAAUGCAACCCUUAGAUGACAUCAACAGACUCACACAGGGGAAAAACCAUAUGAAUGUAAGGAGUGCGGAGAGAGCUUCGGUUUCAGUGAAACCCUUAGAAGACAUCAACAGACUCACACAGGGGAGAAACCAUUUGAAUGUAUGGUGUGUGGAAAGAGCUUUAGUGAUAAUGGAAAACAUCAACGGACUCACACAGGGGAGAAACCAUUUGAAUGUAUGGUGUGUGGAAAGAGCUUUAGUGCUAAUGGACAACUUAAAACACAUCAACGCACUCACACAGGGGAAAAACCAUAUAAAUGCAUGGGGUGCGGAAGGAAAUUCAGUCAGAGUGGGCAGCUCAAUAUGCAUCAACUGACUCACACAGGGGAGAAACCUUUUAAAUGCACGGAAUGCGGAAAGAGCUUUAGUCAGAAUACAAACCUUAAAUUACACCAGCGUACUCACACGGGUGAAAAACCAUUUAAAUGGAUGGAGUGUGGAAAGAGCUUCAGUCGGAAUGGAAACCUUAAAUUACACAAGCGGACUCAUAGAGGGAAGAAACCAUAUGAAUGUAUGGAGUGCGGAAAGAGAUUUAGUGAUAAUUCAACCCUUAGAAGACAUCAACAGACUCACACGGGGAAGAAACCAUGUAAAUGUAUGGAGUGCGGAAAGAACUUUCGUGAUAAUGGAGCCCUUACAACACAUCAACGGACUCACACAGGGGAGAAACCAUAUGAAUGUAUGGAUUGCGGAAAGAGCUUCAGUCGCAAUGGAAGUUUUAGAAAACAUCAGCAGACCCACAUCAGAGAAACCAUUUAA